CAAAAAUAUUCGUGGAAGCGGCCGAAAAGAAACCCUAAGCCCCAUCAUUCCCGAAGCCAAAAGUCCAAAGACCGCUCUUUUAUUUCCCACCUUUAGCCGUGGCGCCUGUCUGGUUCCACACAAACAAGAAAAAGAAAAAGAAAACAGGAAAGAAAGGGAGUGAAAACCAUGGAAUCAAAGCUUGCAGCAGAAGCUGAGGUGAACCCGAAGGUCUCUCUCUCCAGUUCUUCAGGUUCUUCUUUCCCCAUUAGGGCCCCUCCCACUGUUGAUUCCGACUAUGAAACUUCUGUUUCAACGAACGGUGAGGAAAUCUGUGACAGUAGCUACAGUAGUGGUGGGAGUGAAAGCGAAUUUGAGUCUGAGGAGUUUGUGAGUGGUGAAGAUGAGUUUGAGUCGGCCUCGGACUCGGAGAGAACAUUUCUUGCAGACCCAAAUGACGAAACCCUAGAAGGGAGUCAUGUUGUUAAGGAACAUCUUGUUUAUAGGCCUUCUGCGGGUGACCCAUAUGGGCAAAUUAGGGAGAAGAGUAGUCGUGUUGAGGAGUAUGUUGUUUCUAGGUCCCUUGUUCCAGAAAUAGAUGAUGAGACCUUCGGAACAACCUUGGAAGAUGUGGGUGAAUAUGAAAGUGAAAGCUUUGGUAGAGCGGCUGUUGUUCGUAUUGGGAUUUCGGCGGGCCAAAAGCCUGGUGUCCCGAUUGCCAAGGUGUCAAGAGACAGUGAUGAUGAUUCUGUGGGAACUGAGGAUGUAGAGGACGAUGAGUUUUGGGGUUCUGCUAGGGUUCCGGGUAUCAGCAUUCCCGCCAGUGGUGUCAAGGUUUUCGAUGUUGGAGAAGACGAAAAUGACAAGUCUGAAUUUGGGCCGGCAUUAGAGGCUGAAGUUGGUGAGAACUCGGAGGUUGAAAGCGAUGGAGCGGAUCCAUCGGAAGGGCACAUUGUUGUGGACUCUGUUAAUGACUCGGUUUUAGCUGAAGUGAUUAGAGAUACGGGUCCUGAUGACGCUGAGGAAGCAAUUGAGGAGUCCUUUAUAUCAGAUAGAGAUGAUUUUCUUCAGGAAAAGUCAGAGGUAAAUGAAGAUGUUUUACGUUCAGAAGGAGAGAAUCGAGGACUUGAAAAUAUGGAGGGGGAGAGAAUAUUGGGGGAGAAUAGAGCUGAUUUGGGGGAUCGUAAUACUUUAAGGAUAGAUACUACAGCCCAAAUGGAUGAGGGAUUUGAUCUUGAAGAGGAGAAAAAGGUGUUGGAAGCUAGUCAAAUUGCGUCAAGUGACAUAGAUCAAGCGGGUAUUGAUGAAACCAAAGGGACAGUAAUGGGGCAGUUUGUAACAGAUGAUGGGAAAAUAGAUAGAAAGAAGUACUCAAGAAUUACAGAGGUCGAAGUAUUGGAGGGAAGUGGGGCUUUGUUGUUGGGGCCUGAUCUUACAGAUUAUGCAAAUCAUGAAACUAUUGACUCAAGGUUGCUUGAAGUGGAUGCUACUGCCACUGAUGAAGUAGAACAGAGCCUUCCUUUUGCGACCAUACUGGCAAAGAUGGAGGAACCAGAAGUUGAUAUGGCAGAAGAGAGCAGAAACAUCAAUUCAUCAAAAACCACUGAAGGCAAUGUAAUGGAAGAUGGCCUGAAUGGUAAAUGUAACACUCUUGGUUCUCUACUUCCAGUUUCUAAUGAUGUACCUGAAGUAAAAUCAGAGAUGGAAGAUGGAGCAAAUUGUGAUUCUGACCGUUUAAAAGACAGUCCGGUUACAGAAGAUGAUUUUAAAGAUUUCAUCUUUGGAGUCUCAGAUGCAACCAAGCAAGUUAUGGAUGAUAUAGAGCAAAAUUUAACCAUCAGGUCUCUUGGAGAUAGUUCGAGGAAUCUCUUGAUCGAGGAACCAAUGCUUGGGAGUUUAGACAAAGAAGUCAUUACAUAUGGGGAAAGUGAAGGAAAAGAUUUAUUUGGUAGCACUGUAUUUGCUACUCUCUUGAAAGCUGCUACAGGUGCUGGAUUGGGUGGUGGCAGUUUCACAGUCAGCUCUUCUAAUGCUUCCAGUGUCUUUUCGCUUGAGCAUGCUGAAGAUUCAAUCACCUCAGACAACUCCUUGAAACCGAAUCAUCAUAGUCCUUUUGCUCUGUCAGAGCUGAUGGUGGGGACAAGAGAUGAAUCUGAGGGAAACCUAAGUGAAGAGGAAAAGAAGAAGCUUGAGAAACUACAGCACAUAAGAGUGAAAUUUCUGAGGCUUGUCCAGAGACUGGGCCAGUCUCUUGAAGAUUCCAUGGUUGCACAAGUCUUAUACCGGCUGGUCCUUGCUGCAGGGGGGGCCUCAUCUCAAACAUUCAGUCUUGAAUCAGCCAAGAGGACAGCUAUGCAGCUUGAAGCAGAGGGUAAAGAUGAUUUAGCUUUCUCCCUGAACAUCUUGGUACUUGGGAAAUCUGGAGUUGGAAAAAGUGCAACCAUAAAUUCUAUAUUUGGGGAAAAGAAAGCUGUAAUUGAUGCUUUUGAACCCGCCACAGCUGCUGUGAAAGAUUUUGUCGGAACAGUAGAUGGAGUUAAGUUUAGAAUCUUCGACACACCUGGUCUCAGGUCUUCACUGACGGAACAAGCUUUUAACAGGAAAGUUUUGUUGUCUUUAAGGAAGUUGAUGAAAAAGUUUCCUCCCGAUAUUGUCCUCUAUGUUGAUCGCUUAGACACGCAGACAAGAGAUCUUAAUGAUUUGCCAUUGUUGAGGUCAAUCACUAGUUUUCUUGGUGCAUCAAUAUGGCAGAUGGCUAUUGUUACCCUGACCCAUGCUGCCUCUAGCCCCCCUGAUGGACCAUCUGGGACACCCUUAAGCUUUGAUUUAUUUGUUGCCCAGAAAUCACGCGCUAUUCAACAGUUGAUUAACCAAUCAGUUGGUGGUCUUCGUGUCAUGAAUCAUGUCUUUGCAGGUCCAGUCUCUCUCGUAGAAAACCACCCAUCCUCUUGGGAAAGGGUGGAUGAGCAAUUACCGCUUCCCAAUGGAGAAAGUUGGAGGCCACAAUUAUUGCUUUUAUGCUACUCAUUGAAGAUCUUAUCCGAGGCAAAUUCUGUGGUGAAAACUCCAGAUCUUUUUGAUCAUCGAAACCUUUUUGGUUUUGGAUUUAGGGCACGCCCUCCGCCACUGCCUUUCUUCUUGUCUUCUUUGUUGCAGACCAAUAAACACCCAAAACUUCCGGCUGAGAGUGGCGCUGACGACAUAGACUCAGAUACUGAGUUAAGCGAUUUAUCUGAUUCUGGCCAAGAAAUUGAAGACGAAUACGAUCAACUCCCACCAUUCAAGCCCUUGAAGAGAUCUCAAAUUGCUAAGCUUAGCAAGGAGCAAAAGAAAGCUUAUUUUGACGAGUAUGAUUACCGGGUGAAGCUUCUUCAAAAGAAGGUUUGGAUAGAUGAGCUAAAACGUUUAAGGGAGCUGAAGAAGAGAGGCGUAGAUGGUGCAAGUAAUUUCAGUUACACAGAGGAAGAUGGGGACGAUGGGGCUGGAAGUCCAGCAGCUGUUGCAGUUCCUUUACCUGACAUGGUACUCUCGCCUUCUUUUGAUGGAGACUACCCCACUUACAGGUACCGGUUUCUCGAGCCCACAUCCCAACUCCUUACAAGACCAGUUUUAGAUGUUCAUGGCUGGGACCAUGAUUGUGGGUACGAUGGAGUCAGCCUCGAGAGUGCUCAUGCGAUUGCUGGUAGUCUGCCAGCAGCCUUUGAGGUCCAAAUCACAAAAGACAAGAAAGAAUUCAAUAUCCACUUGGGAUCCUCUAUUGCAGCAAAGCACGGUGAGAAUGGAUCAACCAUGGCAGCCCUUGACAUCCAAACCGUGGGAAAGCAGCUGGCCUACGUUCUCAAAGGUGAAACCAAGAUGAAAAGCCACAAAAGAAACAAAAUUGCUUCUGGGGUGUCAGUUACUCUCUUGGGAGAAAAUGUUGCCACCGGCCUGAAACUUGAGGAUAGAAUUGCAGUAGGGGAACGCCUGGUUCUGUUGGGAAGUACUGGAGCCAUCCGAUCUCAAGGUGACACCGCGUAUGGGGCAAAUUUGGAACUGCGCCUCAGGGAAAACGAUUUCCCGAUUGGCGAGGACCAGAUCGCGUUGAUCCUGUCGCUGAUGAGGUGGAGAGGAGACCUUGUAUGGGGCUGCAACCUGCAGUCUCAAUUCUCAGUAGGGCGGAGUUCUAAAAUGGUUGUCCGAGCUGGGCUAGACAGGAAGUUGAGUGGGCAGGUCUCUGUUAGGAUGAGCAGCUCGGAGCAGCUUCAGAUUGCACUGUUGGGCAUUCUUCCCAUUGCCAACGCCAUUUUGAGGAGAAUCUGUCCUUGGUUGAGCCAGAAAUACCCAGCCUGCCUAUAAUUAGGUGCUCUUUUUCUUCGUCUUCCCAAUGGCUCCCUUUUGUUUAAUCGAUCUCAAAAUGUUAGGCCGUUCUUUUUACUGUUUUCAGAUUAUUUUUAGUUUUUAAAAUAGUAAAAAUAUGUUUACUUUGUUGUAAAAUAUAUUUUGGAAAAUAAAUAAAAAAAAUUUUAAGAUAACAAA